AUGCGCGGGCGCAUGCCACGCCCUCUAGCGGAUGUGGCCGGUAUUGUUCUCAGUUUGCAUUCGAUCAAACAUACGGUUGCUCCCGUGGGCAUCUACCGGGGGAAGUACGAGUGGGCCAAUGAGAACAGUCCAGUUGGUGGAGACUGCUCACUGUGGGUGCGAUCGGCUACUCUGCAAUUAGACGAUGGCCAGUGGCAAUGUCAGGUCACGGCUAGCAACUAUGAUGUACAGGAUGCUUUGUCUAGUCCUCCAGCGGCAUUAGCCGUUCGAGUUCCGCCGCAGUCACCGAGAAUCUUGUUCAAUGGCUCUCACAUAUUGCCUGGGCAGAACAUUACAGUUCCAGCUGGCUCCAGAGCCACAGUUGUCUGCGAGGCACGUUACGGCAACCCACCUGCUUACAUUGAAUGGUAUUUAGAAAAAGAGCGUCUUACUGCUUGGAGCCAGACUAACGCAUCAGAAGUAGAGAGACCAAGAGUAUGGGCCUCCAGAUCAGUGCUGGAACUUGGAGCGACCAGGUCAGCGCAUGGCAGACAGUUGGCCUGUAGAGCUCACCACCCUUCGUACCCUGCGCCAUACUACAAGGACUCAUACACCAUGCUUGAUGUUACCUUUGCUCCUGUCGUGUCUAUAGUAGGAGCAGACACUAGCUCCUUAGGAAGCCUAGAAGAAGGUUCUAGUUCACUAACGUUGGAAUGCAAAGCCGACGGUAACCCCGCACCCUAUAUUUGGUGGACAAGAAAUGGCCAAGUCAUUGCUACCAACGGACCCAAACUUAUGUUAGCCCCGGUCAUGAGAAAUCAUUCAGAUCCACCUCGAGUGACAUGGGUGGGACCGGACACAGUUGUAGAAGCGAAUUUGUUUUCUCAAGUAACUUUAGAAUGUAAAGCUGAUGGAAAUCCUGCACCUUCUUAUCAGUGGUUCCAUAAGUAA